AUGAAUGUCAACGCCGAGAAGCAGCAAGAAGAGGGCGUGGCUACGCCUCAGUCGCCAGAAGCGCCUACCCCUACCAGCAGCAACGAGUCCAGCAAGCCAAUCCGUCCUCCGCUUAACGAGAGCCGCACCGUCUCAAGGACAGGCGCACAGCUGAUACAUUGGGGUGACGAUGAUCCCGAACAUCCUUUCAAUUGGUCACUAGGUGAGUGAAGCGUGCCGUGCAUGUCACCCGAGGACCUCGAUCUCCGCUUAUUCAGGCCGCUCGCCUCACUCGUCCACGCAAACGCCAGGCCGGAAAUGGUUUGCGCUCGGAGUAGCUCUUCUCUUCAACAGCUCUACAGCCGUGAGUCCGCCAAAUAUUGCGUCGAGCCAUCUUUUGCCUACUCAUAGUCGUGCCCACCGUAGAUGAACGCUACCGGCUACACCACGGCUCAGCAAGUCGGCGCAGCAGAGUUCAACACCAGUGAAACGGUCUGGUUGACGGGCACAACGGCCUAUCUCGUGCCUGUGGCUCUCACACCAUUGGUAUUGGCGCCCUUAUCAGAGAUCCACGGUCGACGUCCGCUCUACCUGAUUGCACUUUUUCUGUACACGAUGAUGUUCAUCCCGCAAGCUUUGGCUCCGAACAUUGGCGCUAUUUUAGGCUCGAGGAUAGUGCAAGGAUGCGCCGGGUCGGUGGGCAACACCAUGUGCGCGGGUAGCGUCGCGGACCUCUUCCCAAAAUCUCAGCGAGCCAUACCCAUGGGCUUCUUUGUGCUGAUCGUAUUGUGAGUCUGGUGCUGUCGGGCGUAUGACGCGGUCGAUGUCUGACAAGGCUUCUGCCACCGAUCUCCUAAUAGCAUGAGUCAGGGCAUUGGCUCCACCGCAUCCGGCUGGACUGUGCAGACCGUCGGCUGGAGAUGGAUGUGAGUGGCUGGUGAAAAGGUGUCUCGCCAGGUGAAAUUGGCGCUGAACAUCUGCCUGCCCCUCCUGCAUGCAGCUUCUGGUGGCAGGGUGCUGUGGCUUUGGGCUCUUUGGCGAUCAUGCUGGCAUUCAUGGAGGAGACCAGAGAAGGUGUGCUACUCUCGAAGCGAGCUCAGCGCAUAAGCAAAGAGCAGGGCAUCAAGCACGCGACGGAAGAUGAGGAGGAGAGGAAGUCCUUCAUCCUGAUGGCGUCGCGAAAUCUUGGACGACCGAUUCUUUUCUUUUUUACCGAGCCAAUCGUUGCUUUCCUAGCUCUCUGGAUCGGGUGAGUGGUACGCCGCGUGACGCUGCUGCUCGAAUCCCAGGCUGACGGGAUGCAGGUGCCCAAAUCGAAAGGUUCUUGUGGGGCGUCGUUUUUCUUUCGCUCGAGGGUGUGUCGGACACCUUUAUGGUGUAUGGCUGGGACGCUGCUUUGAUCAAUACCGUCCUGCUGGCCAUUGCCGUGGGCGGGCUAAUCGGCUUCUUGACAAACCUGCACCAGGCCAAGCUGUACGAUAGGGCAGCAGAAAGGGCAGAUGGCAAGGCACCGGCAGAAGCCAGAUUGUAUUGGUCCAUGCCGGGUGCCGUCUUCACCGUAGGCGGUCUGUUUUGGUACGGUUGGGGAGGGCAGGCAGACGUGCAUCCCGCAGUGCCCAUCCUUGGCUUGGUGCUGUUCUCCUGGGGCACUUACAUUAUCUACCUCGCGACGCUCAACUACAUUUCGGACAGCUACGAAACAUAUGCAAGUAGUGGCAUAGCUUGCCAAGCUCUGCUAAGGAACAUCUUUGGAGGCACUUUUGGACUCUUUGCCCACGGCAUGUACAGGAACCUCUCGCCGCCUAUCGCUUCUACCGUACUAGCCUGCAUAUCCGCCUUCCUAGGCAUCGCGCCUUUUGUCCUCUUCUUUUUCGGACCACAUCUCCGUGCGCGCAGUCGCAUCCACAAACGUCUCAUGCGGGAAGAAGACGAGCGCAGAGAAAAAUUCCACGGCUAG